AUGACGAUGAAAUCGAUGAAGUAUAACGACUGUGACACAAUAAUGGAUGGCUACAGUCAGGCGCCUCCACCGUUGCCAAGGAGAGUACCACCGGCCCGAAAUAUUUAUGCGGAACCGUUUGCAGCAGAAACGAAUACCAACAGACUACAAUCAUCACAACAGCAACAGCAUCAAUCGCAGCAACAAUCGCAUCCACAAUUGACGCAAUCUAUGACAAAUACCCACAUCAGUACUGGAUCCCGCCUUGGAGGAUCUUCAUCUUUGGUAAUGCCUGUCUUUCCCCUCCGAACAGCGGGAACUGUGCACGCGCCACACUAUUCACCUUACUCACCUUCAAGGUUUCGGAUCGACAAAAGUUGUCAACAUCGUUGUUCUUGGAAAUGUUUUAGUAUUGCCUUAAUCUUAGUCACAAUUAUUUUAUCAGGGAUGUUAACAUACUUCGCAGCAACGAGUUCCAUGAAAUCGAAUCUCGAUUCGGCCAACUGCAUACUGGUUCAGGACGUUAAAACAGGCGUUCCCAUCGACCAGUCGGGAACAUCGAUAGACUCCACCAACUACGGUCUGCUGUCCGGGGUGUCCACUCAAAAUCCGACGGAAGAAUCGCCGCUCACCAGCACACUGGAUCAUAAUAGUUUCUCCACAAAUGGUGGCAUCGGUGGCGGCGGCACUGCCUCGAUUGCGCUGUCAUCCUUCAAGGAUAUACUGCAACAGCAGCAACAAACGACACAAAUUUUCACAUCCGUCGCGCAACAGAAGUGGCCCUCAAUCAUCGAACUGCGAGGGUUCAAUGAAGUGCACUCCUCCACGAUCGCACCGUUUCAGUUCUGGAAUGUUGAGUUCCGCAACAAACAUCCGGCGUUUGUGCAGUUCAACUUUACGCUUCCAUGGGGUGCCAACUUUGCGAUCUACGGUCGUCGCAACGUUGGGCCGACCGUAACGCAAUACGACUUUGUUGAGUUUAUUCGUGGAGGGCGAAUCGAUCAUAAGCUCCGGCGGAAGCGCAGUUCACCGCAUGAUUUCUUUCCCGGUGGCAUGCUGGACGACAGUUAUGGAAUGGAUGACGAGAACUCCUCUACCUUUGAGACGAUCCGGCGCAAUCGAUUUGUGUUCGAUGAUCUGCAGCUCGAUGAAGUGGAGCGGCACAUAAUAUCCAAGCGAUCGACUGACGGUGGUGGUACCGGAGCUGCUCCGUCCUCGUUGCGCAAAAUUGACAUGGAAGCGAUGACGGUGAAUGUCACUAUCUUGCAGUACCUCGACAUUGGGCGCUGGUAUUUGUCCGUCUACAACGACGAGGUCCUACCGCACACCGUCUCUCUGGUAGUGGGGGAAGCGGAAGGAAUACAUACGGCGUGCCCGAGUGAUUGUUCAGGGCGUGGGUCGUGCUAUUUGGGCAAGUGUGACUGCAUCGAUGGCUACCAAGGGAACGAUUGUUCCAUUAGCGUUUGUCCGGUUUUAUGCUCGGCCCACGGGCACUACGGUGGUGGCGUUUGCCACUGCGAGGACGGCUGGAAGGGCUCGGAGUGCGAUAUUCCUGUGUCGGAGUGUGAGAUGCCAACCUGUUCGAACCACGGCCGGUGCAUCGAAGGCGACUGCCACUGUGAACGCGGUUGGAAGGGUCUUUUUUGCGAGCAGCAAGACUGUAUCGAUCCGUCCUGCUCGGGGCACGGUGCGUGCGUGUCCGGACAGUGCUUUUGUAAGGCCGGAUGGCAGGGAGAUGACUGUAGCAUAGUGGAUCAACAAGUUUACCAGUGUCUUCCCGGCUGUUCGGAUCAUGGAACGUAUGAUUUGGACACUGGGUCGUGCAUAUGCGAUCGCCACUGGACGGGAAUAGACUGUUCGCAAGCGGUUUGCAGUCUCGAUUGUGGCACCAAUGGAAUUUGCGAGAAUGGACGAUGCCGAUGCGACGACGGAUGGACCGGAAGCUUAUGCGAUCAAUUGAUGUGCGAUCCGCGAUGCGCCGAACACGGCCAGUGCAAGAACGGGACCUGCGUAUGCUCGCAGGGAUGGAACGGUCGACAUUGCACACUGCCUGGCUGCGUUAACGGAUGUUCGAGGCAUGGCCAGUGCGCGCUGGAGGAUGGCGAAUACCAGUGCAUCUGCAUCGAAGGCUGGGCCGGUAGCGAUUGCUCGAUGGCACUGGAAAUGAGUUGCAAAGAUAACAUUGACAACGACAACGACGGUAUGACUGACUGCUCGGACAGUGAGUGCUGUGUGCACUCUAGCUGCGCGGAACACAUCAUGUGUCUCGCUUCGAAUGAUCCCGUUGAAGUUCUGCUCCGUAAGCAGCCACCAUCGGUAACGGCCUCGUUCUAUCAGCGUGUCAAGUUUCUGAUCGAGGAAAACUCUGUUCAAUCGUACGCGCAUAUGGAUGAGUACAGUGAAAGUGAGUUCUGGAACUCGUUCACACCGUGCCGAGUGUCGGUGAUGCGCGGCCAGGUGGUCACCCAGCAAGGGCUGGGCAUUAUAGGGAUCCGCGUUUCGGUCGACCGGGACUCGCGCUUCGGCUUCACCCUUACCCGGCAAGGCGGUUGGUUCGAUGUGCUAGUUAACGGCGGUGGAGCGGUCACGUUGCAGUUCCAGCGUUCGCCAUUCCGUCCACUGACGCGCACCGUGUUUGUGCCCUGGAACCAGAUCGUCGUGUUACCGCCGGUGCAGAUGCAGAUCAACGAUAACGAUGACCACGACGACAUUUCGUUCAUCAGAUCCGUGCCAUCGAAUCCGGCGUACAGCUUUCUCAGCAGCUCGCAGUACCGCUUCCUGGAGGACAACCCAUCGCCGGUGGCCGUGUGCUUGGAGCACGAUCACGAGCUACUGAACCCGCAGCUGACCAGCACCUGGAUGCCGAACGGUGUCGGUUCGAUGCCGGGCAAAAAUUUCAUUUUCGCAGAAACCCAAGUGGUACAAGAGUCGCUCAAAAUACCCGGAUCCGAGAUCAAUCUGCUGUACAAAUCGUCCCAAGCGUCCGGAUACCGGGCGAUCGUGCGCAUGCAGCUAACGCACGACCGGAUUCCCGAGACGCUGACGCACGUGCACGUGGGCGUCCAGAUCGAGGGCUCGCUGCACGUGAAGACGUACGAGGCGGAUCCAAACUUGCGGCACAUCUUCGCGUGGAACAAGCGCAACGUGUACAAACAGAAGGUGUACGGGAUUGCGAUUGCGCGCAUAUCGAUCGGCUACGAGCACGCCACGUGCCGGGGGAUCGUCUGGGAGACGCGCACCGUGAAGCUGCAGGGUUUCGACGUCGACAUCUCGGACAUCGGCGGCUGGGGGCUGGACAUUCACCAUCACUACAACUUCCACGAGGGCAUCCUGCAGAAGGGCGACGGGGCGACGAUCCAUCUGCGCGAGUUUCCGCGCAUCGUGCGCGGCGUACUGGGCGACGGCCAGCAGCGGACGUUGAUGUGUCGGGACCACUGCAAUGGGCUGUCGAAGAACGGGCAGCUACUGACGCCCGUGGCGCUGGCGUCCGGGCCCGACGGUAGCCUCUACGUCGGCGACUUCAAUCUGAUACGGCGCGUGACGACGAACGGCAGCGUGUUCACGAUCCUGCAGCUGGACACGACGCGUGUGUCGUACCAGUACUACCUGUCCGUGUCGCCGGCCGACGGCCAGCUUUACAUCUCGGACCCGGAGCGCCACAAGAUACUGAAGAUCGUGUCGCUGGAGAACGUGGACGAUCCGUCCUCGAACUACGACGUGAUCGUGGGCAGCGGCCAGCGCUGCAUCCCGGGCGACGAGCAGAACUGCGGGGACGGGGGCGCCGCGAUCGAGGCGCGCCUGUCGCACCCGAAGGGCCUGGCGAUUGCGGCGGACCGCACGAUGUACAUCGCGGACGGGACCAACAUUCGGGCGGUCGAUCCGAAGGGCACCAUCCACACGCUGAUCGGGCACCACGGCCACCAGAACCGCUGGAGCCCGGUCCCGUGCCGGGGGGCGGCGCGGGCGAUGCAGGUACAGUUGCAGUGGCCCACCGCCCUGGCACUCAGUCCGCUCGAUGGGUCGCUCUACUUCGUCGACGAUCGGCUCGUGCUGAAGCUGACGUCGGACAUGAAGGUGAAGGUGAUCGCCGGCAUACCGUUGCACUGCAACGAGGACCACGCGCAGAGCGUGAACCGGUCGGCGCCGGCCGAAGAGCCGCUUGGGUCCGUGCUGGCGAUGGCUUUCGGGCCGAACGGCGACCUGUACGUGGCGGACACCAACUCGAAGCGCAUCAACACGAUCAAGGUGAUCGAAUCGUCCACCGGAUUCAUGAAGCAGUUCGCCGGCAAAGUCGACCAUGGCAGCCAGGAGUGCGAUUGUUCCGCCGGCAAGAUGAUUAGCUAUCGGCGCAAGACAUCCAACGGCACCAACGGCAGCUCGAGCGCGAACCAAAGCGCCGUCGCAACGGCGCUCGAUCGGAGUGCGGCAGCGGUCGGCGAAGGAGCGGCAGGACAUUCCGGAGCGUUCUGUGUGUGCCAGAUCGCGAACGUUACCGGAGGCCGGAAGGAGUACGGCGGAGAUUCCGGCUUCGGUUCCGGCGGCGGCGGCGGUGGCGGUGGCAAUACUUUACCGGUCGGCGAAACGAUACUGUCGUCCAACGUGCGCUUUCAAUCGAUCUCCGCCAUCGCGGUCGCACAGGAUGGCGUGAUUAACGUGGCCGAUCAAGGCUCACUCCGCAUCUACGCCCUCGAGCACUACCUGCCGCAGCACGACGCGAACGGCGAGUUUCAGCUACCGUACACGCCGCUCAACGAGCUGUACGUGUUCAAUCGGUACGGGCAGCACGUCGCCACACGCGACCUAUCGACGGGCAAGUCGCGCUACUCGUUCCUGUACUCGAAGAACACCAGCUUCGGCAAACUUUCGACGGUGACGGAUAGCUCCGGCAACAAGAUACAGUUCCUGCGCGACUACAGCAACGUGGUGAGCUCGAUCGAGAACGGGCAGGACUACAAGACGGAGCUGCGCAUCUCGGCCAGCGGCCUGCUGACGAAGGUGAGCGCCCGGUCUCCGGGCGGUGGCCAGGGCCGCAAGGUGGAGGUGCUGCUCGACUACGAGUCCAACAGUGGGCUGCUGAUCAGCCGGACCGAGGGGCAGGAGAGCUUCAUCUACCAGUACGACGACUUCGGACGCUGCAUCAAGGUGAUCGCACCGAGUGGUGAGAUCGUGCACGUGCGCACCAUGGCCGACGAGCGGUCGGCGACGACAACGACGGCGGCCCGGGCGAAGCAGGAGGACCUGCUGGUGUCGGUCCAGGGUAGCAUCCAGUCGGCGUUCGGGGCCCGCGGUCCCGCGAAACCGACCGAGUACGCGAUCACGGGCAACAUCCAGGCGGUGAGCAUCACCCGGGGCGACAAGCUGACGUCGGGCAAGAUUGGGGCCAUCAACCAAACGGUGUCGCUGGUGUUGCCACCCUCGAUCCGACUCGAGGCGUCCGCCGUCGUGACGCACCCGUGGCUCGAGCGGUACCUGCCGAUCGAAGCGGAAAUGCUGCCCAUGUGGUCACACCAAUCGCUGCAGCUCGGCGAACGGCCCGUCAAUGAUUUGCGCUCGGCUUACGAGCUCUCGUCGGCCGGCUGCAAGGCAGCACCAGGCGGUGGCGGCGGCGGCGGCGGCAGUGGUGGUGCCGGGAGUGUACCGGGACCACCGGUGCCCGGAACCGGAAACCUCAGAGGAGCAACGGAGCGGAUGCUGUGUAGGGACAUCUUUGUGAACGACGGCAAGAAACUGCGCAUCGAGUACGACCCGGUGGGGCAACGGGAAACGCUCCGCGACCGGGACAACGAGAUCAUCCUGAGCGUGGCGUACGACCCGUCCGGGCUACCGACCGGGUUCUACCCGGGUGGCGGGGCGGGAGAUGAGUAUCAUUCGCUGAACAUUACGUACGAUCGGUUCAAUCGCGUCGACGGCUGGCAGUGGGGCCCGUCCGAGCUGCGCUACAACUACGACCGGCAGGGCCGGCUGGCGGAGGUGACGAGCGCGCAGGACGGGAUCGUAUCGUACGACUACAACGACGGCAACCUGCUGGAGAUGAUUUCGCUCGGCAGCCAGCGAAAGUUCAAGCUGACGUACGACCGGAACGGUGGCCUGCGCGAGAUCGUCCUGCCGAGCGGGACGCGGCACAGCUUCAGCCUGCAGCCAUCGAUCGGAUUUCUGCGCUUCGCCUACAACCCACCCGGCAGCUCGCGGUCCUACCUGCAGCACUACGCGCACAGCGGCGCCCUCCUGCAGACGGUGUUCCCGGGCGACGGGGCGCGGAUCGUGUACCGGUACGACGACGAGGACCGGAUCGCGGAGAUCGUGCACGGUGACGGGCGGGACGAGUUCCUGUACCAGAGUGGGGCGGCCGCGUCCUGCGAGCUGCCGAUGGCCAUCAUCCACACCGAGCGCGACCUGGAGUUCCGGUGGGACUUUGACUGCGUCGGCGGCGGGCUGCUCGUCGAGGAGCGGAUCGAUUUCUCCGCCCGCAGCGGACUCUCGAACGUGAAGUUUAACUACGAGUACGACGAUCACUUCCGGCUCGCCAGCAUCGGCGGCCGGAUCGGGGGCCAGAAUUUGCCCCCCCAAGCAUACGGAUAUGACGAGCGAACCGGGCGUCUGACGGCGAUCGGACCGUUCGAGGUGACGACGGCCCGUGGGGAUCGCCAAACGAAUGCGACUUCGGUGAGUGACCGAACGGGGACGUUUAUGCGGACGGUCAACGGGCGGUUCCUGGUGACCCAGCUGACGCUCACCAUCCACCGGAUGGAGGUGUUCCGGAUGGAGUUUGGGCACGAUCUGCACGGAAGGAUCGUGCAGACGCGCACGUACACGCGCAACGUCGGCGUGAACACGUACACGAACGUGAAGAACUUCACCUGGGACUGCGACGGCCAGCUGGUGGGGGUGGAAGCACAGGAACCGUGGGGCUUCCGGUACGACGACAACGGAAACAUGCUGUCGCUGACGUACCGCGGCAACACCAUCCCGAUGGAGUACAAUGCGCUCGAUCGGAUCGUCAAGUUUGGCGAGGGCCAGUACAAGUACGAGCCGCGCGGGCUGGUGGCGCAGAAUGCGCGCGAGGAGCGCUUCCACUACAACGCCAAGGGGCUGCUGGUGCGGGCGACCAAGCGAGGGCGGUUCGACAUCCGGUACUUCUACGAUCACCUCAGCCGGCUGAUCACGCGCAAGGACAACUUCGGCAAUGUGACGCAAUUUUUCUACACCAACCAGCGGCGGCGGACCGAGAUCAGCCACAUCUACUCGCCGCGCGACGGGAAGCUGAUGUCGCUGACGUACGACGACCGUGGGUCGCUCGUGUACGCGCAGGUCUACCGGUACCGGUACUACAUCGCGACCGACCAGUGCGGCACCCCGGUCAUGAUCUUCAACCAGUACGGCGAGGGGAUCCGCGAGAUUAUGCGCUCCCCGUAUGGGCACAUCGUGUACGACUCGAACCCGUACCUGUACAUGCCGAUUGACUUCUGCGGUGGCAUCCUCGAUCAGGUAACGUCACUGGUGCACAUGCCGGACGGGAAGGUGUACGAUCCGCUGAUCGGCCAGUGGAUGACGCCGAACUGGGAGCACGUGGACCAGCGCAUCAGCAAGCCGACGAAGCUGCACCUGUACCGGUACAACGGCAACGACCCGAUCAACCCGGCCCACCAGCUGCGGGACCGGCCGCGGGACCACUUCGAGUGGAUGCGGCUGAUGGGCUACGACGUCGAGAACAUGAUCCCGCAGGCGUCGCUCGGCGAACGGUUCUACCGGCAGCACCAGUGGCUCGAGGGUGCGCUGGCCACGCCGAACGUGCUGCGGCGGCCGCACCAGGACCGCGACUCGGCCAUCAGCAUCGGGUCCGGCUUCAUGGCGCACGUGCUCGAGCGCAGCGUGCGCUCGCUGAACGAUCUGCUCCAGCUGCCGGCGGACUUUGUGUCGAGCCUCAAAUCUGACCCGCUCGCUAUCGGCCCGUUCCGAUUCGGGUCCGGGUCCGAGCCACCGUUCGGCCAUGGGAUCAUCGUGUCGCGGAGCGCCGAACCGGAAGGGUACGCGAUCGUGUCGAGUGUGCCGGCCGCGAACCCCAUCUACCGUGACGUCUACACGUCCGUGUUCAACCGCACCCGCCUGCUCCCGUUCACGUUCGUCGUGCACAACUCCCUGCAGGACGCGUUCUUUUUCGUCAAGGAAGACUCGUGGCGUGCCAGCGAGGACCGGCAGCAGCUGAAGCGGCUGCAGGGCCAGGUGAACACCACGUUCCACGACUCGGUCGCCAGCGUCGGUAGCGGAUCGGCCGGCGGCGGCGGCGGCGGCGGCGGUGGUGCCAGCAGCGGUGGUGGUCCGAGCGCGCCGAAGGGAACCGCCCACCAUCAGGACGUGAAGAUACACACGACCAACGCGGUCAUCAACCUCAAGUACGGCACGACGGCGGAAAAGGAACGCCAGCGGCUGAUGCACCACGCGAAGCUGCAAGCGGUCCGGAAGGCGUGGCACCGAGAGAAAGACCUGCUGCGCGGCGGCCUGAUCUCCAGCUACGAGUGGACCGCGCAGGAGGUCGAGGAAAUCAUCAAGAACGGGUACGCCAACCUGUACGAGGGUGAGUACGUGCACGAUAUUGAUCGCUACCCGGAGCUACUCGAGGACCCGUUUAAUGUGCGGUUCACGAAAAAGAAAAUGAACCAAGCGCGCAAACGUAAACGAAGAGAAACGUCGUAG